AUGGACACAGAGCAAAAGUCCUUCCUAGGGACUCUAUCUCCAUGGAGUACCCCGAGAAGUGUCACGCCGCAACCGGCCGAUCCUCCAAAGCCAGAGGCCCUGCAGCGAUCCCAAGGAGAAGAUCACACAGUGACCCAUCGAAAUCGGCUGAGCAUGCGCCGGUAUCCGUCAGAUUGCCCCCCGUUGAAAGUGAGAUGGUUCUAUGCUGUGGACUCACCGAAGCGGAAACCUUCCCCGCUGGAGCAGAAGAAGGCAGACCAAAAGCCGUUGCCACCACCCAAGAAGUUUGUUCCGUUCCCCAAAAAAGAUUCACAGUCCAUCGAAGGCACAUUUCAAAAACUCUCAGAUAUCGAAGAGCUUCACCGACAAAAUGAAUCUAAAUCCGAGGAACCGGUGGUUUCCAAGGUGCCUGUGAAUGAGGAUUUCUUGUUCAACGUGGAUGUGGAACAACGAGAAUUGAGCCCGACAUACUGGAUUGCCCCCGUCUAUGAAGUGCGUCGGGGAACCUGGUUUAUACAGGAUGGGUCCAACUUGAAACCGUGUGAGGAGAACCUGGCCACCCAGCUGGAAGAGGGGUUCAUCAAAAUGUGUCCGUGGAGGAAUGAAUCCACUCAGACGGGGUCCACGGAGCAAGCUGGGAAAGCAGGCGAAGAGAAAUCUAUUCAGGCCAAGUCCGCGCCGGAGGACCCAAAAACCCCGAGACAGCAAACUACCAAUCAAUCCUCUUCGCAAGGUACAGGGAACGAUUCCAAUGGACCUGGAACAGAGCCCCAACAGUAUCGCUUAUUUGGCGCUUAUAUGAACAGAGUGGUUGCCUAUCAAGAUUCCACAACCGCUUGGCUGAUGAACGAUGAUUUCAUGUCUCGCUUCAGCACAUCGGUCUACCAAAAGCUGGGAGGUGUCCCGGGAACCAAAUUGGUUCGUGGGUUCGAGCCCAAAAAGCCCAAGGAGGCGGAAGGAAAGAGCUCCAAACAAAAACAGAAAGACGAUGAUUUGCCUGCGACAGGUAUGAAAGACACCCAGAAAGAAGGAUUCAAUCCAUCCACAAUAGUUCCCACCAAAACAGCCCAAGCAGAUAGCCUCGAAGGUAUAGAAAGGCCAAGGUCCACCAUAGAACGACAGAUGUCGUCCCUUGCAGGCGAAUUGCAAAACCCAGCCGAACUCGAAGAGCAGGCCCGCAAGCAGGAAGAGCAAGAGAUGGAAGAUGCGAGAGAAAUUGAAGGCGAGGAUAGAGAACGGGAGGUGGAUCAUCUGAUUCUGGUCACUCAUGGUAUUGGUCAGCGACUCGGAUUGCGGCUGGAAAGCAUCAACUUUAUCCACGACGUGAAUGUGCUUCGCAAAACAUUGAAAACAGUCUACAAGGGCUCCCCUGAUCUUCAAGCCUUGAAUUCCGCGUUCCCAGACAGCGAUAAGAAUUGCCGUGUUCAGGUGCUACCAGUGUGUUGGCGACAUCUUCUUGACUUCCCGUAUCGGGGUGUUCGACAGAACAGAAAAGAACUCGAUCUCACUGAUGCAGAUGCUCUUGAGGACGAGGCUUAUCCAAGCCUGGCAGAUAUCACACUGGAAAGUGUCCCUGCUGUGCGAAACCUCAUCUCAGAUCUGGCUAUGGAUGUACUUCUCUAUCAAAGCGGGUAUUGCGAGCACAUCUCCAAUGUUGUCGUGCAAGAGUGCAAUAGGAUCCUUGAACUAUACCGGACACAAAACCCCUCGUUCAAGGGCUCAGUCAGUCUCAUUGGGCAUUCCUUGGGAAGUGCAAUCUUGUUUGACAUUCUGUGUCAUCAGCAAGGAAGUGCAAAGCAGAGUGGCAACUCGAGCGGCAAGCCCCAAGAAAGCGACGAGCCGACCAAAAAUGCCAAAGCAAAUGCGUUCAAAUUCGAAUGCGAGGAGUUCUUCUGCCUUGGGUCUCCCAUUGCACUGUUCCAAAUGCUGAAAGGAAAAACAAUUGGUGGGUACUCUGCACUCGAUCCUCGAAAUCGCAGAAAUACGUUGGAUGUCGAAGUUAAUCCAGACCCUCAUGGACCGGGACGUGGGCGUGGGCUGGAUGAUAGUCCCACCAUUAUUUCGACACCAAAAUGUCGGGAUCUCUACAAUAUCUUCCACCCUUCUGACCCCGUGAGCUACCGUGUUGAACCUCUCAUAUCCCCGGCGAUGGCCAGCUUGAAACCCCAGCCUCUACCCUCGGUGAAGAAGAGUCUGUGGACGACCUCGGGGCAAAGUCUAUCCAUCCUUGGGAGUCGUAUGGGUCAAAGUGUAGGAUCUAUGUGGACCAACUUCACCACGGGUGUGGCGAGCAGCCUGUUGAAUCGCAGCUUGGGGUUGACCAGCGAAGAAGCUUCGGCCUCCCAGGCCACAGGCAAAGGGGCCGGGGAUUCAGUCCACAAGCGAACCCAAUCUGGCUCUACUCAGCAUGGAUCGGAGGCCGAUGAUCACCAUCAGACCUUGAUUGAACCCGAUUUGGAAACCCUCUAUGAUGGGUUCCAGAAGAGUCGGGAUAACAAUCAUGGAGAAAGUCCCGAUCCCGAGGCCGACCCUGACCAAGAGCGGAAGCUGAGAUUUGAAGAUGCUAAAGUCCGCUCCAUGAAUACCAACGGCCGGGUGGACUAUAGCAUACAAGAGGGCGCAUUCGACAUCUCGCUGAUUGCCAGCAUUGCCAGUCAUCUGACAUACUGGGGAGAUGAAGAUGUCAAUCACUUCAUGUUAUCCCAAAUUUUGUCUCGGAGACAUCGGCAUAGGAUGAAAAAAUAG